AGAGAAAAAAAUGAAGUGGUACACCUUUAUGAUGUCUGAGGGAGGCCCAAGAUGUGGGAAAAAAUUUGGUCAGCACUGUAAGAAAAAACAAAAAACUGAGCUGGGAGCCUUGUCAUUGGCUACGAAGAGUCAGACAGGAAAAGACGAUGGCUCCUGAGGUCAGGACAAUCUGUCCCGUAUUUAUUACAUCUAAAACAACACCAUGACUGAUUGAGCCACUGUGCCUGGAGGGAUAACCAUCACCAGCUGGCUGUGUAAGACAAUAUGAAGGCUUCUGUGGCAGUUUGUAGAAACAUCUACUCAGAGGACCGCUUCAAACAGGCCUACGGCUCAGAGGAUGACACCAGAGGAAGUCUGCGGCUCCGGGACAAGCUGGCCGGCACCUGCAGGUGUUCAAAGCAAGCGUGCCUUCACCUGGCGAAGGAGAGGGUUCCUAUUUUCAGCUGGCUGCCCAGAUACAGACUAAAGAAAUGGAUUUUAGGAGAUACUGUAGCGGGACUUACUGUUGGGAUUCUUCAUAUUCCUCAAGGCAUGGCCUUUGCUUUACUCACAUCAGUGGCACCAAUUUUUGGCCUUUACACCUCCUUCUUCCCAGUAGUCUUGUACAUGAUUUUCGGCACAGGCCGCCAUGUCUCUACAGGUACCUUUGCUGUGGUGAGUCUGAUGACGGGUUCUGUAGUGGAGCAGCUGGUCCCCACUCCUCUGGAGAUGAACUCGAGCUCGCCUGAAGCAGCUGAUUUUGAGGCCCAGAGAAUUGGAGUGGCCUCGGCUGUAGCACUUCUCUCAGGCGUCGUCAUGCUCUGCAUGUUUGGUCUUCAGCUGGGCUUCCUCUCCACUUAUCUGUCAGAGCCGAUCGUUAAAGCUUUCACCAGUGCUGCUGCCUUCCAUGUGGCCAUCUCACAGCUGCAAAGCAUGCUGGGUCUGCGGCUCCCUCGCAGCACUGGGACCUUCUCUCUCUUCAAGACUUUAGCUCUGGUGAUGCAGAACCUGGCUAACACCAACACGGCAGAGCUGUUGAUCUCUAUGGUCUGUCUGGCGGUUCUGGUCCCAGUCAAAGAGGUCAACACACGUUGUCGGCGCCGCCUACGUACACCGAUCCCUGUGGAGAUCCUCACGGUGAUAAUUGCUACUGGUGUGACGUACGCCUCCUCACUCAACUCUUCUUACAAUGUUGAGAUAGUUGGCCACAUCCCAGCUGGGUUCCCGAAGCCACAGCUGCCUGCCUUCCACACAUUGCCUGCCAUAGCUGGAGACACGAUUGCCAUCACGUUUGUUGGAUAUGCUGUGUCUGUCUCACUAGCAAUGAUUUAUGCUGAUAAACAUGGAUAUUCUAUCCAUCCUAACCAGGAGCUGCUUGCCCAUGGAAUCUCCAACACGGUGUCCUCCUUCUUUACCUGCUUUCCGAGCUCAGCUACUCUGGCCACAACCAACAUACUUGAGAGUGCUGGAGGACACACACAGCUCUCUGGCCUCUUCACCAGUCUGGUUGUCCUGAUUGUCCUGCUGCUGAUUGGACCCCUCUUUUACUUCUUACCAAAGGCGGUCUUGGCAUGCAUAAAUGUCACCAGCCUCAGGCAGAUGUUCCUGCAAUUCCAGGACUUACCUGAACUCUGGAGAAUUAGCAAACUGGAUUUUAUGGUUUGGGUUGUUACCUGGCUCUCUGUGGUGGUGCUCAAUGUGGACCUUGGGCUGGCUAUCGGAGUUGUCUUCUCCAUGAUGACUGUGAUCUGUCGCACACAAAGGGCGGAUUGUUCAGUGCUUGGACAAGCGAGCAACACAGAAAUAUACAGACCUGUAGAGAAACACAGCAAGUGUAAUGAAGUGCCUGGAGUGAGGAUCCUAACCUACAACGGACCCAUUUACUAUGGCAACCGAAGCUUCUUCAGGGAUAAAAUGAGCAAGCUGCUGGGCCUGACACCGGAGAAGAUUCGCAGGCAUGAAAAGGCCAGGAAAGCUGUAGAGAAACGGGAGAGAGAAGCCACUGUCAGCACCGUGGAGAGAGGCAUUGCAAACACAUUGUUUUCCUCAGAAACUGAAAUCUUCAAAUCAGAAGCUUUAGAGAACGAUGUGCAGGCAGUGCUGAUUGACUGCAGCAGUGUGAUUUUUGUUGACAUUGCUGGAGCGAGACUCUUCACACAGAUGUGCACGGAUUGCCAGAAAAUUGGCAUUCACGUAUAUUUAGCCAACUGCAAGGAAAAUGUGUUAAAGAUCCUGACAUCAAGCGGCCUGAUGAGCAGCAUGAACCCUCAACAUAUUUUUGUGAGCAUUCAUGAUGCCGUUACAUAUAUUCAGCAACAUAAGGAAAAGCCUUCAGAGAACACCACAACCAUUUGGGUCUGAACCUUGAUGAGUCAUGCUUACCUGAAGCAGGUGUCUUGGACAAAAAAAAUAAAAAAAAGAUUUUAUGGCAAAGAUCAUGCCGAUCAUCUGAAUGGGAGCCGUGCAGCACUUGGUUGAUGCUGUGAACCAGUGUUUUAAAGUAGCCAGCUGUAGCACAUUUUAUUCUACUAAUGGUUAGCUGUUGUUUUUGUAGAUUGCACCGAGUUACUGCACUACACACACAUUUAGUCAAACCUGAGGAACAGAAAUGUUUUAUACAGUUUCAGCUUUACAAUAUUUAUUUAGCUUGUGUUUCUUGGUUGGCUCCAACUAUAAAGUGCACUGAACAGUUUACUUAGAACUUGUGGAAGCGGAGCUUAAAUAUGCUGCUGUUUACAUUGGAUGAAUUUUCAUAAUGACUUUACUUAUUUGUAUUUAAACUUGACAAACACAUUUUUUCCACAGAAACCGUGUCAUCCAGAAACUUUUAAGUAAAAUAAAGUUUUUUUCCCUGAAAAAAGCUGGAUUUGUUUUAAUUCUGCAGAGUAAAUAGAAUUCAUAUAUCCAGCUAUCUUUUGUUUUGGUGGAAUUAAUAUUUAGAGUUUAGGGUGUUCCUGUGGAAUGUGAAGCACGUACUUUCCCCAGAUUUCGAAGAAGGAGAACAGAAGUCUUUGUGCAAAUGGGGAUGCUGCGGAUUUGUUGCUAGACUGAUGAAGGAUGAAGAAUACAGAAUCUGAUUCAACUGACAAAGACAAAAAAAAAAAGACACAAACGUGGCAAGAGGAUCCACAUGAAAGGUUUUGGUUUGUUUAAUGUAAAGAAAUAAGCUUCAGUGCAAAUAUGUCAGCAUAAAAAAGUCAAGUUAGGCAUUAAACAUCUUAUUUUACUUCAGUGCUGCCCUCUGCUGUAUGACGGCUGUGUGUUCCCUACUCAUCUCCUUCCUCAUACCCUGACCUGAUAAAAUUAUAUUUACGAAGAGUUCAAAACCAUGAUUUUAAAAGAAGACAAUAAAUAAAUAAAUAAACUCAUUAUGUACUUGCUUAUUUAAUUUCUGGUGCAUAUUUCUGGCAGGACCCUAGACACAUCCUUUGGGGUUUUCUCUUUAAAGCUCAAGGAGUGUUUCAUUAAUUGGCAGGAAGUAGUCCACUUCAACUAGAACAUGGUAGACAAUCUGGCCAAAUGUUUGCUGAGCUGUAAUCUACAGUCAGGCCAAAGCAUGCAGAGAAAUUAAAGAAGAAAUGGUGUGUGUGUGUGUGUGUCUACAACGACAGUGCAAACUGUGCAACAGAGGUGAACUGUCUUACCCAUUUAUAAACAGAUAAGCAUGGCUAUAGUAGAUACUUGCGGUUCAUAAAUGUGCCUGUUUUACUUGCAAGGAAAAAAAAAUCAUACAAUAAUAUAAACCAAACAAUUAUGUGAAGUACUGUGGAAAAAUUAUGUAAAAUUGUUGUGGAUUUUGAUUAUUUUUUACAUUGCCAUUAAAAUAUAAUAAAUACUCUAAUAAAAAAAUUGAUAAAAAUUAUUACUUAUGAUCAAGUUUCAAAUGC